AUGUACUUUUUCCUCUCUAACCUGUCCUUUAGUGACAACUGUUUAAUCACAUGCACUGUCCCAAAGAUGUUGGUGAACAUCCAAGUACUGGAUCAGAGCAUCUCCUACACAGGCUGCCUCUUCCAAGUCUGCUAUGUCUUAGCUUUUGGUGGUUUAGAAAGUUGUCUCCUUGCAGUGAUGGCUUAUGACCACUAUGUGGUCAUUUGCCACCCUCUCGGGUACACAGUAAUCAUGAGUGCUCAAUUCUGUGCCCUGCUGAUUUUUUUCUCCCUGUUUAUUAGCACUGUGCAUGCCCUGCUCCACACUCUGAUGGUGCUGCACCUGUCCUUCUGCACAGACCUUGAGAUCCCACACUUUUUCUGUGAGCUUGCUCAGGUCAUCAAGCUCGCCUGUUCUAAAACCCUCAGCAAUAACAUUCUAAUAUAUUUGGUGGGUGGCCUCUUUGGUGGUGUUCCUCUCUCAGGAAUCAUUAUCUCUUAUAUUCCCUUUAUGUCCUCAGUCUUGAAAAUGCCAUCAAGAGGAAAGUAUAAAGCCCUUUCCACCUGUGGGUCUCAUCUGUGUGUUGUUUCAUUGUUCUAUGGGACAGGUUUUGGGGUCUCCAUCAGCUCUGACUAUCAGCUCUGUAGUUACAGAUUCAACAAAGACGACUGCAGUGGCUUCGGUGAUGUAUUCUGUGGCCACUGA